ACCAAGUGGUGUUGCACGAAUACGCCGCACACAAUAUUGUCAUAGAGCGGAAGGUGGUCAAACUCAGCCGGAUGUCGAAUCCGUGUAAUGAUACUGUUUCCGACGACGGAGUACCACUGCAAACGGCCGCCUCCGCAUCCGGGAACGGCCACUUCAUAGUGAAUGAAUAUGUUGGCGAUGGAGAGGGUGAAAUACUGGAAGGGUUCCUCUGCCCGAUUUGCAAGAAUGAUCUACAAACCCCCGAGCGGCUGACUAUACAUGUCGAACAGGAGCACGCAGAAGAACAGGAUCUACUCAAGUCGCUCCGGGAAAUUUUCAGUUUCGCUAAGAAAAAGAUACUCAAUCUCGACGACACCGCCAACGACCUUGUGGCAAAGGGGUUGGACACUGUAGGAAGACAGUCUGAGGGACCGGCAGUCAAUCCACUGCUGCAGACGGGUAAUCAGACUGUUGGCCGUGACUGUGACCACUUGGCCUACUUUAAGGCGGUUCGCAAACCUCGCCUGGAGCGGUACGCCUCGGAAACGAACAAACUCAUCAUCCGACUGGACAAGCUGCUGGCCGGAUGCCCAACCGAGCCGGACCAGAAAAAACGGCACGAACAGAGCAAGGUUCCGUGGGUUGAUGGAAAACUGGUAAAACUGUGCCCGAGCUGUGCGAAAGGGUUCGGCAUCACGCGCCGCCAGCACCACUGUCGCGUUUGCGGCUCAGUGAUGUGCGACGGGUGUUCGCGUUACCUAAACUUCGAGGAGGCUUGGAGCAUUGUGCAACCGAGAUCCAGUCCACCGGGGGCCGGUGGGCCCGGAACCGAAAGAGGCACUGCUGACAUCGCGGCUCGCAACGAAGGACACAACUUUCGCGUGUGCGAACACUGUCUGCAUUUGUUGAUGAAUCGCAUGGAGAUGCAGGACUCGCUCCUGGACCGGCCACCAAUUACGAAGCUGUACGAACGGCUCCGUCAAGAGCGCCACGAUAUCGACCCGAAAAUACCUAUGUACGAUCGGGUUCUCGAAAGCCUCUACGAAGGGAACGUUGUUUAUAGGCUGUCGGAUGCAUCAGCGCUGAGGGAGCAAAUUGGCCGCACUGCCGAGCGGCUUGAUAACAUUAGCAAAACACUGCUGGCCCUGCCGUUUGCGACCGGAAGCAGGGAAGAGGCUUUAAAGAAGGCGAUCCGCUUGGCGAGCAUUUCAUACAUCAAGGAGCGCAUGCUCUCGAUACCGUCCCUGCCGGUCGAGGAAGAGAUCAAGCGCAUCCAGCAGCGCAAGCGUCAAGAGACGGCCCGCAGGCUCGAACAGGAGCGAUUGCUGGCACUGGAAGCUUACGAGCGGUACGAACUGCUUUCCGGGCUUGGCGAAUCAGGCUCAACCGUAACGUACAAUGGUAGCUCCAGUUCCAGCACCGCUUCAACUGCUGAAAUGACCAACGGACGAUUCGGCGCGACCGUUUCGACGAUGGACAACUGGAGUGGCACGCAGGUCGAUAUCGCUUCUGGAAAUUCGAGCUCCGAUCCACUGAUCGAUCAGAUCAACGUCGUGAAGGGUUACAUCCGGCAGGCACGGGAAGCGAUGCGCUUCGAGGAGGUGGCCACCCUCGAACGCAACCUGAGCGAGCUAACCCAAGAAUUCUACCAGCGACAACGUCCGACAUCACAUCCAUAAGCUUAGCAGCCGGAUCGACCGUGGCUCUGCGGCGAACAAUAGAGCGAAUUUUCGAACAACCAAACAGGUCGUACCAGUCUGCUUCAUGAACGUUAGUUUUGUUCUACCAUGUGCGAGCGAACAGUAUUAAAAGACGAACAUGUUUUGAA